AGCAACAGCAACAAAUGGCAGCGGCUGCUACGAUGACGGCAUAUCAGCAGCCUAAUAUGAUGGGAAUGAUGCCGGGACAACAACCGGGAAUGAUGGACCCGGGAACGAUGGCCAUGAUGCAGCAGCAGCAACAACAGCAGCAACAAAUGAUGGCAGCGAUGAAUCCGGCAAUGAAUUCAAUGUAUCCGCAAACGCCAGGCGCUGGCAUGAUGGCAGGCGUAGGUGGCUUUAUGAAUCCUCAAGCAUUUGGAGCAGCUAACCCAAUGAUGAUGCAGAUGCAACAACAGCCACCGUACAUGGGAGCAGCAGGGGCAGCAGGCGGAAUGAUGAUGCCAGGCCAGCCCUACGACUAUUUCGGCGCUGCUGGUGCGCAGUAUGACCCAUACGCAGCCUAUGCCCAGCAAAUGCCAGGUUAUGGUGCUGGCAUGUACACGUCAGGCAUGGGCCCGAUGUCCAUGUACGAUCCAACUUAUGGACGACGGUAUCUACCAGAGCGCAAUUAUAUCAGUUCGGUAAAAGAUCUCUGGCAAAGCAAUUACAUGUAUUAAAGCUCUUUUUAUUUUGUUUGUUUUCAGAUAAAAAAAAGUCCACCUCACUACUACCAUCCAUAUACUAUCGUCAUCGCCCAUCUCAUCAUCAUUUUUUUCUGUCUUGUCUUUUGUUCGUCGACCAUAUCAUUAUCUCUUACACAAAAAGAAGAAAGAAAACUUGCCUCCUCCUCCUCCUCUCAACAUGUUCCUCUACUUUUUGUUCUUUCUUUCAUAUACUAUCUCGUCUGUCUUUUGUACAUCUACUACAUAUAACAACAACAAUCCCAAUUGUACCUACUAUAUACAACACCUACAUAAAUUUGGAUACACAAACAAAGCUAUGCAGUACGUAAUACGUAGAAUGACAUAAACAUAUGCUCAUAUAUUAAAACCUUAAUGAUAAGUUU